AUGGAUGGAUUCUUCGAUGAUUAUUAUAAUUCUCUCGUAUUUAAUCAAGUUUCUCAUCAGUUGUCAUCGAUAAAUGGUACAAUAAAUGAUCAACAACUUGGUCAAUAUUUUAAAUUUUUAAUCUCUUUUCAUUUACGAGAACAAUACAAACGAUCAGAAAAUGAAUUUCAAUCAAAAAUGGAAAUAUUUAAAGCUCAACGUCAAAAACUCAUCAAUGACGAGAUCAUCAAUUUAGACAAUGAACUAAGUCAAAUAUUCAACAAUUUAGAUCAAUAUCCGACUAAUAUUAAUGAUUUAAGACAAAUUCAAUUUUUGGUUUUGAAAAGAGGUGCGUGUCUUGAAUGUAGUGAUUCUCAAAACGGUCCCUCUAAUCUUGCUAUGGCGAUCAAUCGAUUAUUACAUUCUGAUCUCAAUAAUAUCAAUUCUGGCAAUAAAUUAUUUUUCCGUCUGAAAACUGAAAUGUUCAAAACAUUGAUCAUUUCGAAUUCUCGUCUUUUAAAUAAUCGAGAUUAUUAUAUCUACACUGAUGAUACUGUUUGA